AUGGCGUCGCUGCUGCCGCGCAUCGAGCGCCUCUCGUCGCGAGUGGUGCGGGUACUGGGCUGCAACCCGGGGCCCAUGACUCUGCAGGGCACCAACACCUACCUGGUGGGCACCGGGCCCAGAAGAGUCCUUAUUGACACUGGGGAGCCAGCUAUUCCUGAAUAUCUUGGCUGUUUAAAGCAGGCACUGUCAGACUUCAACAUCUCAAUUCAAGAAAUUUUAGUGACACACUGGCAUCAUGAUCAUACUGGUGGAAUACCUGACAUCUGCAAAAACAUCCCUAAUGACUCUGAAUAUCGCAUCAGUAAGCUUCCUCGUGUCCCUCACCGUGAAGAAAUAAUAGAAGGAGGACAUAAAUAUUUUUAUCUUAAAGAGGGAGACGUGAUACAGACAGAGGGAGCCACACUCAGAGUUUUAUAUACGCCUGGACACACUGAUGAUCAUAUGGCUUUACAUCUAGAAGAAGAAAAUGCUGUAUUUUCCGGUGACUGUAUUUUAGGGGAAGGAACAACAGUAAUUGAAGACCUGUAUGAUUACAUGAAAACUUUGAAAAGGUUGUUACAAAUGAAACUAGAGUUAAUAUAUCCAGGUCAUGGCCCAGUAGUACGUGAUGCAAGUACUAGAAUCCAAGGCUACAUUUCUCACCGAAAUGCACGGGAACAGCAAAUUCUAAAUGUUUUCCAGAAGAAUGCUGGAAAAUCAUAUACAUCCUCGGAGCUUGUAAAGAUAGUAUACAAGGAGAUCCCUGAAAAUUUACUUCUAGCAGCAGAAAAUAACCUCCUAGUGCAUUUGAAGAAGUUGGAAAAAGAAGGAAAAGUGUUACAUGAGGCGUCUCCCAACUUCAGAUGGAGAAACAAUUUAUAAGUCACGCAAGAUUGCUCAGGAAUAUUUUUAAUCUGCACAGUUGCAGCAUGUAAAAUAAAAACUAAUUCUUCCUUUUUUUUUUUAAAAAGUGGUAACAAUUUUAAAGCAAAGUUACAGUCAGUUAGCUAAUGUUUUUCAUAUUCUUCUUUACGGGAAUUUUAAAAAUAACCUGAUAGGUACUGAGUUAAUAAAAUGGAAUGAGUGUGAAGAACUGAAUGUUACCUCUACCAUAAAACACCCAGCUUUAUCAUCAGUGCCAGAAGACAAAUAGCAAGGUCUUAUAAACGUAAUAUUACAAUAUUGCAAAGUAAUAUUAUAAACUUAAUAAAUCAGACAUUAAAAAACUCUAGUAAAAAGAAUAGAAAAGAUGUUAUUCUAAACCUGUUUUCAUUUGCUUGUGCUUUUCAAAAAGUGAUUUUCUAGUAAGUUAUCUGUACAUUCUAAAAACCAAGUUAUUUUUGUUAAUAGUUGUAAAUACUGGGGUUUAUAUUCCUUUUCUAAUUUAGCUGCCUGUGCAGAUCUUUGCUGAGUGCUCACUGCAAUAGGUUUUAACAAGCACUGAAAGUAAUUCCAGACUUCUCUGUUUUCUAGUGGAAGCACCAUUUCUAUGCAAUUCAGUCGAAGGAUUCCUUAAUUUUAACUAAUCAGUGUCAAAAAAUGCACAGAAUUGGAGCAGACUCUUAAAUUCUUUAUCUUAAAAGAUUCUGCAAGAAUGUGAUUAAAAAUCUGUAUAAAUUGAGAUAUGUAUUAUAGACCAUGUGAAGUUAAGUUUGUCUAUCACUUUAUAACUAACAAGCUUCAAGUUUUGCUGUUAAAUCCAUUUAAACUACAAAUAUUUUAACUAAAGUUUGUAUUUGGUUGUAAGAUACUGUAUAGUGUAUUAAAAUACAGUGUUGGAGGAUUAA